AUGUGCUGUAAACAGUACUUGAAUUCGCGCAAAAUGAGCAAAACUUCGCCGUAUCAAUACGUCCCAAACUCCAGAGCAGGCUCGCUGAACAUCGCCCGGAGCCUGGCCUCGACCUACGCUUACUCUACACCCAGCCUUGUUGGACGAUCUCCCCGCACCCAAACAAUGUACCCCUCUGCGGUACUUGCUCGUGGCGACUUCUUACAACAAACUCAACAACCAAGCUUCAUCCAACAUGUUUUGCUUGCCGAUUACCCGCCUUCUCCACAAGGUGAAGCGAGCUUUGCGCUUGAAGCGCAAGGGCCGGAACAUGUCGAAGUUCACGGACCCUCUCGGUAG